AAUAGAUACUGAGAUACGGCUACCCUAAUCUGUUUCUAUGCUUCUUCAUCUCGUUACCCUAGUAGUUCUCAUCAGUUGAACGCUUCGCUUUCGACAGAAGGUAUCUCGGUGUCUUCAUCAUGUCCGACUUCAACAACGAUCUUACUAUACGUUCAGAGACACCAUACUUCUCCUCAAACUACAUUCCCGCUUCGACAGUUCAAGUCCAUGCCUCUAAUCUCCUUCAACUACCCAAUGACGACCUGCUAUGCGCGUGGUUCGGCGGCUCCCAAGAAGGCCUUUCAGACAUCUGCAUCCAUCUCUCGCGGCUUCGACGGGGCUUCCAAACAUGGACGAAUCCACGGAAAAUAUCGGACGACACAGAACACAGCGAGCAGAACCCAGUGCUGUUCCUUAAUCCCACGAACCGAGAGCUGUGGGUCAUGUACACUGCACAGCCUGCGGGCAAUCAGGACAAAGCAGUCGUUCGGUACCGGGCAUCGAAAGACGACGGACAGACGUGGUCGUGUGCGCAAAAUCUCUUCGAUGAUGAGGGUCUGUUCAUCCGCCAGCCGGUUACGGUGCUAAAGGAUGGGACAUGGGUCCUUCCCGCGUGGUAUUGCCGAACACCGCCUGGAUACCGAUGGAUCGGAAACGACGAUAUCUCAGUCAUUAAGUACACGAAAGACGCCGGCAAUACGUGGCAUGAGCGAGAAGUCCCGAACAGCACCGGCUGCGUCCACAUGAACAUAAGAAAGCUGAAGGACGACGGGAGCUAUAUCGCAUUCUUCCGGUCGAGAUGGGCAGACAACAUCUACACGUCUACUUCGGUUGACGGGCUGGACUGGGCCGACUGCGUACCUACAUCGCUCCCUAACCCCAACUCUGGAAUCUGCUUCGACGUUCUUCCAGAUGGGCGCUUGCUCAUCGUGUACAACGACUCGAGCUUUCAGCCAGGGCACUCGAGGCGCGAGGGUCUGUACGAUGAUAUCACGCCCGAGGAGGACAAGCGCGAGAAUCAACCCAAGCAGACGAGGGAAGCGAUUUGGGGCGUGCCGAGGAAGACGCUGACGGUUGGGCUGAGCGCUGAUGGAGGGAAGGGCUGGCAGACGAAGGUGUUGCAGGAGGGGGAUGGGUUCUGCAUGACGAAUAACUCGCGGACUAGGAAGAACCGUGAGCUGAGUUAUCCGAGUAUUUGGGUGGAGAGGGGUGAUGACGGGAGGGAUGUGGUGGAUGUUGCGUUUACGUUUUGGAGGCAGAGGAUUCGGUUCUGUAGAUUCGAUGUGGCAUGGGUGGAGAGCUAG